CCUACUUUCAUUCUCUCGCUUGGCUUGUGCAGCAGCAGCAGGAGGCAGCUCCAUCCACAAUGGGAAUCGAUUUGAAGGCAGGAGGCAAGUCCAAGAAGACAAAGCGAACCGCCCCCAAAUCUAAUGAUAUUUACCUCAAGCUCCUUGUCAAGCUCUACCGUUUUCUUGUUCGGAGGACUGAGAGUAAUUUCAAUGCCGUCGUUCUCAAGCGCCUUUUCAUGAGCAAAGUCAACAAGCCUCCUCUCUCCCUCUCUAGAUUGAUUCGUUACACGAAGGGAAAGGAGGAUAAGAUAGCUGUAAUUGUUGGGGCCGUGACUGAUGACAUUAGGGUUCACGAAGUGCCACCUCUAAAGGUGACUGCCCUGAGGUUCACAGAAACUGCCAGAGCCAGAAUUGAGAAAGCUGGUGGGGAAUGCCUCACCUUUGAUCAACUCGCUCUUAGAGCUCCCCUGGGUCAGAACACGGUUCUUCUUAGAGGGCCUAAGAAUGCCCGUGAGGCUGUCAAGCACUUUGGACCAGCUCCUGGUGUGCCCCAUAGCCACUCCAAGCCCUAUGUACGUGCAAAUGGACGAAAAUUUGAGCGGGCCAGAGGACGUAGGAAUAGCAGAGGCUUUAGAGUUUGAGUUCUUGAGCUCAAACAUGGAGGACCUUUCCUUUUAUCUUAUGAUAUUUCUGUAUUGUUUUCUCCCUUUUUAUGUUGGAACAAUUUAUCAAUUCUAGUUUUUAUUUUUCCUUCUAUCCAAGGGAAAAAGAAUGAAGCUCCCUCCCUGAACAAUUUUGUUUUACCACAAACGUUAUGAUGAACUUUGAGAGGAUUAAUGAACGGCUUUUAUUCUACUA